ACUCUCUGGACCAUGCCAUGUGCUUUGUGGACAGCAUGGGUCUUGGGGAUUGUAAUCAGCCUCUCCAAGGAAGAGCCCCCCGAUCAGGCUUCUUCUCUGUCUUGUGACCCUGCUGGUGACUGCGACGGCCACUCCAGAUCUUUGAGCUCCAUCCCCUCAGGGCUCACGGCAGCUGUGAAAAGCCUUGACCUGUCCAAUAACAGGAUCGCCUAUGUGGGCAGCAGUGACCUGCGGAAAUGCGUGAACCUCAGAGCUCUGAGGCUGGGGGCCAAUAGCAUUCAUACCGUGGAGGAAGACUCUUUUUCUUCCCUGGGGAGUCUCGAACAUCUGGACUUAUCCUAUAAUCACUUGUCUAACUUAUCAUCCUCUUGGUUCAAGUCCCUUUCCGCCUUGAAAUUCUUAAACUUACUGGGAAAUCCUUACAAAACACUCGGGGAAACACCGCUUUUUUCUCAUCUCCCAAAUCUGCGAAUCCUGAAAAUAGGCAAUAAUGACACCUUUGCUGAGAUUCAGGCCAAGGAUUUCCAGGGGCUCACUUUUCUCCAGGAACUUGAGAUUGGUGCCUCACAUCUGCAGAGGUACGCGCCAAAGAGUCUGAGGUCAAUUCAGAACAUCAGCCAUCUGAUUCUUCACAUGAGGUGGCCUGCUCGGCUGCCGGAGAUUUUCGUAGAUCUUUUAAGUUCCUUGGAAUAUUUAGAACUGAGAAACACUGAUUUUAGCACUUUCCACUUUUCAGACAUAUCCAUCAAUGAACCCAGCACAGUGAUGAAAAAAUUUACGUUUCGAAAGGCAGAAAUCACCGAUGCAAGUUUUACGGAAAUUGUGAAACUUAAUUAUGUUUCUGGAGCCUUAGAAGUAGAGUUUGAUGACUGCACCCUUAACGGACGUGGUGAUUUUAGUACAUCUGCUUUGGACACAAUUAAAUCCCUCGGUAAUGUGGAGACAUUAACAGUCCGGAGGUUGCAUAUUCCACAGUUUUUCUUGUUUUAUGAUCUAAGAAGUAUAUAUUCACUCACAGGAAAAGUUAAAAGAAUCACAAUAGAAAACAGUAAGGUUUUUCUGGUUCCCUGUUCCCUUUCACAGCAUUUAAAAUCACUGGAAUAUUUAGAUCUCAGUGAAAAUUUAAUGUCUGAAGAAUACUUGAAAAACUCAGCCUGUGAGCAUGCCUGGCCCUUCCUACACACUUUAAUUUUAAGGCAAAAUCAUUUGAAAUCAUUAGAAAAAACUGGAGAAGUUUUGCUUACUCUGAAAAACCUGACUAACCUUGAUAUCAGUAAGAAUAAUUUUGAUUCCAUGCCGGAAACUUGCCAGUGGCCGGAAAAGAUGAAAUAUUUGAACUUAUCCAGCACGAGAAUACAAAGUUUAACCCAUUGUCUUCCCCAGACCCUGGAAGUUUUAGAUAUUAGCAAUAACAAUCUCAACUCGUUUUCUUUGAAUCUGCCACAACUCAAAGAACUUUAUAUUUCCAGAAAUAAGUUGAAGACGCUCCCAGAUGCCUCCUUCCUACCCAUGUUGUCAGUUCUGAGAAUCAGCAGAAAUACGAUCAAUACUUUCUCUAAGGAGCAACUUGAUUCUUUUCAAAAGCUGAAGACUUUGGAAGCUGGAGGCAACAACUUCAUCUGCUCCUGCGACUUCCUGUCCUUCACUCAGGGGCAGCAGGCGCUGGCCCAAGUGCUGAGCGACUGGCCGGACAACUACCUGUGCGACUCUCCAUCCCACGUGCGGGGCCAGCGGGUCCAGGACACCCGCCUCUCGCUCACUGAGUGCCACAGGGUGGCCGUGGUGUCCGUCGUGUGCUGUGCCCUCUUCCUGCUGCUCCUGCUCACGGGGGCUCUGUGCCACCACUUCCACGGACUGUGGUACAUGAAGAUGAUGUGGGCCUGGCUCCAGGCCAAGAGGAAGCCGCGCAAAGCUCCCCGCAGGGACGUGUGCUAUGACGCUUUCGUGUCCUACAGUGAGCAGGACUCCUACUGGGUGGAGAACCUCAUGGUCCAGGAGCUGGAGCACUUCCAGCCUCCCUUUAAGUUGUGUCUUCACAAGCGCGACUUCAUUCCAGGCAAGUGGAUUAUCGACAACAUCAUCGACUCCAUCGAAAAGAGCCAGAAAACCAUCUUCGUGCUUUCCGAGAACUUUGUGAAGAGCGAGUGGUGCAAGUACGAGCUGGACUUCUCCCACUUCCGUCUCUUUGAUGAGAACGAUGACACCGCCAUCCUCAUUCUGCUGGAGCCCAUCGAGAAGAAGGCCAUUCCCCAGCGUUUCUGUAAGCUGCGGAAGAUAAUGAACACCAGGACCUACCUGGAGUGGCCCGCGGAUGAGACGCAGCGGGAAGGGUUUUGGUUAAAUUUGAGAGCUGCGAUCAAGUCCUAGGUUCCUUCGUGAAAGGCCAGUCUUGGUCCGAUGCUGGUCUUUAUCACUCUAGGUGGAACCAAGUCUCUUCUAACACAAGAACGUGAAUAACAUGAAGGGUGACUUGCUGACUCAAACUACUCCAACCCUUCCGGUUUGAUCUAGAGGGCUGUUUUAUAAAAACCCAUACCUGAUUGGAAAAAAAAAACAAAAACCAUG